UAUAGCCUAACAGACAUUUACAGACGGACUUGUAAAUGAGCUCGUUAAAGAUAAUGAUUCAUUGAAAAAUCUGGUUAUGGAGAUUACGAUGGGUCUCUUGGCUACGGAAUGGUGUGAAUAAAGAUUUACAACUUCGACGUGGAUAUUUAACGUUAGAAUAUCAUAACGAACAUCAAUAUUUAAUAUCUUAAAUUGUCAAACUAUUAACAAAAAAGUAGGCUAUAAAAUAAAGAGCCACCUGGGGCAUUGUCACAAUUGUCAACGAAAGGCGCGUGUCAUCACAGGAAGAUUACGAAGUUACGUCUAAAACAAUUAUUGAAGGAAGCUGAUGUUUUCAACCCGUCUAAACAAAAUGCGCACCGGAUCCGAGGCAAGUUUUGGCUUCUUCAAAUGAAAUAACACAACUUUUCACCAACUGAUCAUGCAAAAGAAGAGGCUACUUCGGAUAUUACCCGUUUUCAUCUUAACAUUCUCUAUCAUCCUAUUCGUGGACUUUCAGCUAAGGACGCGAAAACGUCAUAAACUACAUUUUAUUCAUGAUAUGUCCGAAGGAAUCCCCCAGCACUGGAAUCAAGGGGGACCGCACUCUCCAGCGAAGGAGGCAUCAAUUCCGGCUAAGCCAGCUCACCGCACCGCUAUCUCUUUAAUAAACCUCACGUUGGUUGGCUUAAAAGCAGAGAUAGAGCGAAAGAGAUACAGAUCUUGGAUGAGUUUUGAACAGAGGGACCGGAUUGUUGUCACUCCAUCGCCACUGAAGCUAACGGACAUCUUCCUGGCAGUGAAGACCACCAGGAGGUUUCACAACACGCGCCUCUAUCUUCUCCUCGAGACCUGGAUCUCCAAGACCAAGGAGCACACCUUCAUCUUUACCGACUCAGAGGAUGAAGACGUCAGCUCCCGUGGUUACAACUUGAUCGUGACAGGCUGCCCGUCUGACCACAGUCACCAAGCCCUGUCUUGCAAGAUGGCUGCUGAAUACGACCACUUCAUUGCCUCUGACAAGAAGUGGCUGUGCCACGUGGACGACGAUAACUACGUGAACCCUGGAGCACUCCUCUCUCUGCUGUCUUCCUUCCCCCGGGACAGUGACGUUUAUGUGGGCAAGCCUAGCCUCGACCACCCCAUCAAGGCCAACGAGCUCCUGGAGGGCAACAAGACGAAAGAGGUCCAGUUCUGGUUCGCCACCGGAGGAGCUGGUUUCUGUAUCAGCCGCAGACUUGCUGACAAGAUGGCUCCAUGGGCCAGUGGUCCGAGGUUUGAGCAGACAUCAGCGGUGAUCCGUUUGCCCGACGACUGCACCGUCGGUUUCAUCGUGGAGAGGCGGCUGGGCGUGUCCAUGGUCCACAGUUCAAUGUUCCACUCGCACCUGGAGAACCUGCUCCUGUUGCCUCCCAGGAACAUCCCUCUACAGGUAACACUUAGCUACGGCUUGUUUGAGAACAAGAUGAACAGCGUUGCGCUGAAGGGGAUCUUCUCCAAGGAGGAUGAUCCGUCCAGGUUUAAGACGGUCCACUGUAUACUUUACCCAUUAACCAGCUGGUGUCCCUAAACUCACCCACGGACUCCAACUCCCAGAAGCACCUGGGCCGGAAGAGUGUCAAUCACUGUGUACAGAACUGUGACGGUUAAAACAGUGAUUUAAACAAUUUUGUUGCAUUGUGGAAGAUAAGCACUCUGGUUUUAUGCAGCCUCACUGGACUGUUUGUUAUUACUCAAAGUCAUUUAUUUUUCAAGUGCACCAAAAUAGAAAUCUUAAAUAUUAUAGUGUUGUAGUGCCUAUAAAUGGAUACAUUAAGUAUGCUAAUGUAUAUUGAAGGUACAUAGAAAAUGACCAGAGCAUAUGAAGUGUUCAUGUGAUCAAUAGGCUGGUUGAGGAGUCUUAUGGCCUGUGAGUAAAAACUGUUUGUGAGUCUGGAAGUGCGUGCCCCGAUGCUCCAGUAGCGUCUACCAGAUGGCAGCAGUGUGAACAGACCAUAGCCUGGGUGGCUGUAGCCUUUUAUGAUGUUUUAUGAUGUUUAUGAUAUUGGCAGACGGUUUUGCUGGAACAAGGGUCGUUUUACCAGUGCUGAGGAGUGCUUAUGAAGGCUUUAAAUCAGAUUGUUUCAUGCCGCCACCAACGAAAUUAAAAUUCCACUACAGUGUCUUACUGUGUCUUAUGUGCUACCACCUGGCUCCAGAGCACUUGUUAUCAAGAGUGCACUUUAAUAUAAUUUAUUUUGAAGGUGUGUAUAUUUGUUUAACAAAUACCAAAAUAUAAAUGGAUUUAUUUUUGA